AUGUCGGAAGAGUUCUAAAACUACAUUUUUAAAGAUAUUGAUAAGGGAUUGCAUGCAAGGAAAAAUUAAGUAAACAGAGAUAAGGUGGAUGUUAGGGAGAAGAAAUAAAUUGCAGAAUAUAAAAAUGAUCUAACAGAUUCGGAAGAGGAAGGUUCAUUUUCAAAUAAAAAAAACAAGGUCGAAAAUAAAAAAAGGAAAAAAAAUCACACAAACUUGAUUAUUCUUCUGAUGGAGAGAAACCUAAAAAGAAAGUUAAAAAGAACGAAUCUUCUGGGGAUGAUUAAUCACCUGAUUCAGUGGUUGAGUCAAGUGCUUCUUUUUGAUGAAACUAUAUUGAGAUAAAUGUGA